AUGUCUUCCACUUCUCAAUCCAGUCCGACCAAGUCCAUCGAAGAAGACACCACGCUCCUCGACCAGUCCCAAGGCAAGUCUAUGUCUGAACAUCUGGACGAUGAGUCUCGAUUCGAGCACGAUUCCGACGGCACCAGCCGCCCACCGUCGCAACAGCACUCGUCCGACGACGAAGAGGAGAACCUCGAGGACUCCGACCCCACGACCGGACCGCAGGCGUCUCAGGCCGACCCGCCUCCCGUCACCCAGAACUCACCUCCUACCAGCCCCAACCCACGCGCGAAGAAACGACCGCGACAUAACAAGGCCCCCUCCACCGACCUAAGCGACCCACAGUCCACGGACGAUUCGGUUGUGCCUCGACCCCUUACACAAGAGCCCUGGGACCGAACGCUCUCACCCGGGCCCAAACACUUCGAAUUCACGGCCGCCAUGCGGAGACACGCACUACACUGCGACAUACCCCUCAGAGCUCCCGACGUUGACCCUCACCUCCGCCGUCUCUACGAAGGUGGUGUCACCGGCUUAGGCUCCAUCUCCGCCAACGACCCCUUCCUCAAGGAGGAACUCCAUCCCAUAGACAAAUCCCAGCUCGACCUGGCCAACGCCCUCCACAGCAUCUACGUCCACGGUUGGCUAACAAACGUCCGGGAGCCCUCCGAGGCCAAGUUCAAGUUGCACCACCCAGAAUCCUGCGCGUACGUGCGCAAGAGUUUCUUCAAUCGUAUGUACGACAGGGUCAGAUGGGGCCUUAAAAACCACGGCCUCGCGCUCGAGUAUUACUACACCUACAAGGCCAAGAUCCACUACUUGUCGACACAAUUCGAUCCCCAGCCCCUGCGCACCCCGCUAUGGACAGAUUGCGACAAUCCCCACUGCCAAUGCAACCCCUUCUCCUCCCUUCGUCUUCUCCCCUUCGUGCUCUGUCCCUUCCCUUCACCACCCCGUCUUCCAAUCCAAAUCACCUCAACAUCCAAACCACGGCUGCGUGCGGUGCACGUAGACCCCACACUCGAUUCGUCCCUCACCUCCAACUCACCUCUCCUUCCACUCGCCUCCCCUUCAACUCCCCUCUACCCCCUCACCCGCCCCAGCCAAACAGUCCCAAAACGUCUAAGUCCAAAGUCCAAACCAUCGCACCCGCCAUCACAGAACCGGAGCGCAAAAAAACUAAGUCCAAAGUCCGUAUCCUCGCAUGACGCACGUGGAACCGCCAGAGCUGGCACCGCCGAGAAAGCGAAGGGUAGCAUAGCGAACGCAACCGACCCCACUCAGGACCGUUCUACGAGCCCUUAG